GGAAAAGUCGGCGGUGACCGAUACCGCGGUGGCACCGCUGGAAUUAAAAUUCGGGUGAUAAGAGUGUUGGGGCCCAUUGUGCGGCGGGUGGUAGAUAGAGCACAACCUGCCCGGACACUUACUGAACUCCGUUCCGUUGUGGUGGUAGUUUUUCCCUACCCGAGAGGGAUAUACGCACGGGCCGCGGUGUGAAACGUACCGAGAGGAGUGACGGUCCUGCUGAUAGAGCGGCGAGCACAAAGUACGUCUCAGUCGACGCUGAGCCAGCAGUGCGCUCAGCGGAUCCGCUCGAGGCGGUAGAGAGUCCUGCGAGAGAGUCGCCUACGAGAUCUCGCGUUUACACCGCCGUUUUCUCUCUUUCCUCUAAAUUCAGUUACCCUCGGUUAAAAAGGACUCGGCGACCAUGAGGUUCUACGGCGGCUACCGGGCACUCGUCCUGCUCGCGACAGUGCUCGCCCACAUGACCGGCACGUUCGCCAAGCGCGACACACGCCAAACAGGAGCCAGCGGCAGGAGCGGUCAAAUAACAAUAGCGGAUCAGUCAUCGUCGUCCUCCUUUUGGAAUCCCACCCUCAAAACCGAUAUAUUCUCUCAGGACAACAGUGCAACCUUCUUCCCUACGGCCCAUGGCCUGGUGCAGACUCACCCGAGCAGCGGCGUGUUCCGGAGCGGUUUCGGCGGGAUCGACAACCUCGGUAGCCGAGGGGUGACGAUGAGGCCGCCGCGGACGCGGCCUCUCGAUUAUACGGAACGCGCCACCGCCGAAUUGCGCCGAAAUCCGUCGCUCUCGUCGCCCGACGAGUGUGCUCGUGCCUGCCGUGAGAACGAGCCCCCCAGGAUAUGUUACUAUCACUUCACACUCGAGUCAUACACCGUACUCGGCGCAGCGUGUCAAGUAUGCACACCGAACGCCACCAAUUCCGUGUGGAGCGAGUGUCAGUGCGUUUUGGCGGACGGCGUGGAGCGGGGUAUCAUGACCGCGAACAGAAUGAUCCCUGGACCGAGCAUUCAGGUUUGCCAGGGUGACAAAGUCGUUAUUGACGUGGAAAAUCGUAUAGUAGGAAACGAAGUCACGCUUCACUGGCACGGCGUAUGGCAAAGAGGAUCUCCGUACUACGAUGGUGUACCUUACGUGACCCAGUGUCCCAUUCAGGAGGGUAAUACAUUCAGGUAUCAAUGGACAGCCGGAAAUGAGGGUACACAUUUCUGGCAUGCUCACACUGGCACGCAAAAGAUAGAUGGUCUCUACGGAAGCAUAAUAAUCCGACAGCCACCGAGUAAGGAUCCCAAUAGCAAUCUGUACGAUUAUGAUUUAACCACGCACGUGGUACUCAUCAGUGACUGGUUCCACGAGAGCGCUGGCGAGCGUUUCCCCGGCCGCCUCGCAGUCAACGUUGGUCAAGCACCAGAAAGCGCGCUGAUCAACGGGAAAGGUCAAUUUAGGGAUCCUAAUACCGGUUUCAUGACAAACACGCCCCUCGAAGUGUUCACGGUAACUCCAGGCCGCCGUUACCGAUUCCGAUUGAUUAAUUCCUACGGAUCAGUAUGCCCCUCCCAAAUUUCAAUCGAGGGUCACACUCUCACGCUUAUCGCUACCGAUGGCAUAGCAGUACAUCCAGUACCAGUUAACACUAUAAUUUCAUUCUCAGGUGAACGUUACGAUUUCGUCAUAAAUGCCGAUCAGCCUGCCGGCGCUUAUUGGAUUCAGCUUCGUUCUCUCGGAGAAUGCGGAAAUUCACGAGCACAACAGCUGGCUAUUCUACGAUAUGCUCGAGGUCCUUAUCAACCAUCUACUGCACCACCUUCCUACGACUUCGGUCUUCCUCAGGGCGUUGUCCUGAAUCCUCUGGAUGCCAUUUGCAACCGACAGCGCGAGGAUGCGGUUUGCGUGAGCCAACUAAAGAAUGCCCACCACAUCGAUAAGGGUCUUCUGCAGCAACGCCCUGACGUGAAGAUCUUCCUGCCGUUCCGCUUCCUGUUCUACAGACCAGAAGAGGUCUUCCAGCCACAGACCUACAAUCGCUUCCUGGUUGCGCCGACCGGCGAUCACGUGAUUUCUCUCGUGGACGAGAUUUCGUUCACGUUCCCGCCGUCGCCUCCGCUCUCGCAGCUCGAUGACAUUCCACCCGAACAAUUCUGUAACGGUGAUAAUAGGCCGGCUGAUUGCGGCGCCAACUGUAUGUGCACGCAUCAGGUCGACAUUCCAUAUAACGCGGUCGUCGAGGUGGUACUCGUAGACGAAGUACAACAGCCAAACUUGUCGCAUCCCUUCCACUUGCACGGAUAUGCGUUCAAUGUGAUCGGUAUUGGCCGCUCUCCCGACAGAAAUGUGAAGAAGAUCAAUUUGAAGCACGCUCUCGAUCUCGAUAAGCGUGGUCUCCUGCACAGAGAGUUCGACCUGCCCCCCGGUAAGGACACCAUCGCUGUUCCCAACAAUGGUUACGUCAUCUUCCGCUUCCGCGCGAAUAAUCCAGGAUACUGGCUGUUCCAUUGCCACUUCUUGUUCCACAUACUGAUCGGCAUGAAUGUGAUUCUGCAUGUGGGCACGCAUGGGGAUCUGCCGCCGGUACCACCGAACUUCCCGACCUGCGGUGACCAUUUGCCGCCCAUUUCGCCACCGUUGUCGUUGACGAACUCGCUGUUCCAUUAACGCGUGAGCUCAGAAACUGCGAGAGAGGGAGAGACGCUCCAAAGUCCAUACGAUACUUGUAGCAUAUUCCUGUAAAGUAGCGAGCCUGUAAUAUCAAGAUUUCUUUUUUUUUUCAACUACGCAAUCUCGUCGGCCGUUCCCGAGAAGGCCCGUGUUCUCGGCUCUCGAGAACGGCAUUCGAUCGGGCGAGGAAUCCGACGGGUGUCGACCCGCUGCCUCGCGGUGAACGGCUCCAAGAGCGAGAAAUGCAGUGAGGAAAGUUAGACAGUUGUGCAGUGAUACGCGAGGCAACGGGUUAACAAAAGGUUCGAUCGACGCUCCGCUGGGCGUCGCGAAACGACAAACGCUCUCAGAAGUAAUGAUGACUUUAACGUUGAAAGAGUAUAUUGACGACAGUUGAUAAUUUAUUGUGUUCCAGAUGCUUCACCCAUCACUGUCAUUUUUACUAUAUCUAUAUCACACGUGUCAUUCUUGUUACCUUUGCUUGCUACGAUAUAUCUUAUACUGCCAUUCAUAUUUCGCAGUUGUAAAAUUUAAUUUGUAAUGGAAUCUGUUUUGCUGGAAAAUUUAUUGCGGAAAACGUUUGAAUAUAUCUUCCAAAAAGCUAUCUAGGUGUGUAGACUGUAACGGCGAAUCCGCAAUGUGGUGAGUGAAGCAUCUCUGUGGGAAACGUACGAACGUUACUGGCUAACGUUUGUAACGCUCUGUAAAUAAUGUAGAAAUAGUCACUAUACUUAACGAAAUAUUAAUUAAUGUGGGAGUAACGGGGUACGUAGCAUAAGAGGGGCAUCGCCGUGAAGCCGUGAUGACGCUUCGGGCGGAGGAUUAUCAUUAGGAUAAAUGCCCUUCCACAUAACUACGCAGGCUGGAUCUGUACGACCACGGAAUCCGCGACUACCGAAAUUAUUUAAGGACCCUGCUACAUCAAAACUUUAAAAUUAUUAUACAAAAAUAAAAAUUAUUUUUCAUGUGUGUACGAAAUACAUAAUAUUUAUUUAAUCUAACAACUAUUAAUUAUUCUCUAUUAACUUGGCUUUAUUUUUCAUUGCUCAAUCAUACUUUUAGCCAACUUUGCGACUACAUUGUUGCCAUAUGUCUAUGAUUGUUGCUCAUGUUUAUUCAAUUGUUAAUUUAUUUAAAGCUAGAGAAAAGAUUUAACAAGAUAUAACAACUUUGUGAAGGUAUAACAUGUGGUUAAUCGUGAUUACAAAUGGCGACGAGUUUCCCUCGACAGAUCCAGGCUCUUAAAACAGUCCUUUAGUUAGGAAGUGAAUUCGCGCUUGUGCCGCAAACAGCCCGAAAUCGCGUGUUUAUUGUUCUGUCAGCCUAUACAAUUAAAAUCGAUGAAAGUAUCGAAAUAAUAUUAGCGUGAUUAUCGAACUUUUUUUUUAAAUAAAGACCUCGAGUACCUCGUAUAAUAACAUCCAAAUUAUCGUUAAUGAUUAGCAUUCUUCUCACGGCUACAUCAACGUCAUAUCAAUACAUCAACACGCUAUUUAUUUUCUUCACCUUCCGUUUGCGUAAUCUUUUUUCGAAAUUUUCUUUGAAAUCCGACGAUAUUCAUCUGUCGUAAAUUCGCGAAGGAAAUUAUAGCUGGCACUGAAAUUAUAGAAAAUGCUCUAAGGAGAAAGCAUAUUUUUUUGAGCUUUAAGCAUCUUUGUUCUUUAAUUUCCAUUGAGAAACUAUACAAUAUCGUUAAUAAUGUUUCGUUUAUUGCAUUUUUAUUGUGUUAAUUUUUACUUUAUUAAUUUUGAACGUUUAUUCUCUUUAGAAUGAUUUGUCUACAUUCCUCCGGAGGGAACUCCUUCAAGUGCCACUCGCGAAUUGAUCUGUCUCGAAGGCACAGAUAGGCUGACACGUUUAUCGUUAUAGUAUACCGCGCUAUGCAUACGGCGCAACAAUAGCUGUACGUUUAUUCAUGGUGCCUCAAUUCUCUAUAGAAAAUACGUUUAUACGCAACUCACAAUUAACGCUUAAUUCAUUCGGUCAUAUAUACGGUAUACAGAUGCAGAAACAUUAUACUUAUCGUUAGAUACGCGAGAUAAUCGCACACACGCGUGCGUGCCUUAUACCUGUAGAUAAAAUUUCCCCUCCCCGGUACAUUUCGCUAAAUACAUUCGUCAGAAUCACCGAGACACGAAACACUCAAAUAGCGUAAUCGUGAAACGCACGUAACUGGUCGGCUUAAUGCAAAAGAGAUGUAGCGUAUGGAUUAACGAAUUUUUUAGUUGGUAUCGUCAACGAAAGGGAGAAAUCCACUUUCCAACUAUCACAAAAAAUAUAUAUAUAUAUAAAGAUAAUGUAGCCAUUUAACAUAGAGAUAUUUUUUCACAAACCGUUAGUAGCUAAAAUAUAAAAGAAAUAAUUUUUUAAUCCACUUCUCCUCGUUAACGUGAAAAAGAAAUACCAACUGAAAAACCAUCCUCUUAUUUUAAAUCGUAAUCCUUUUGCAUUGGGCUAUCGAGUUGUGCGGAGAGUCCGUUGUUGUUGCUUUCUCGAGUCGGCCGUUCGCUUUCUCGCCUCGGCGAAGGAGAGAACGUUCCCUAGGAUUAAAGAAGCACGAUUUAGAGACCGUGCAAAAAGCCGACGCUAAUCCGCGAUGUGUGAGAGCGAGAGGAUGUAUCCUACGAUACUACAUCAAUCGUGGCGGUCGGCUUCGGAGACUGUGACAGAUACGAUCUAUUUGAAUAGACGCGGCUUUGUGGGAUAGCAAAUAUACGCUGUGUUUUUUAAACUAUAAUCGUUUUAUUCUUAGUGAGAGAUAGUUUAAAAGAAGAUAUCAAGGAGAUAACGUACCUGCCGUUCAAUUAAAUUACGAGCACGUUGAUUCUGCGUUUUUCUCGUGAGCGAAUCUUUGAAGAUUCGGUGGCUCGCUCAUGGAGCAACAACUUAGAACAGAGUGAUUUCAUCGUCGACAAUCAAUCACGAUUCAUUAUUCGCAGGCAAUGAGGAAUGCGGAAUACUUAAAUCGAGCUAAAUCGUCUUCAGUGGAGAUAAUCAUGAUGUUUGUAUUAUUGCAUAUUGUUAAGGCUAAUCAGAUUAAUUGCAACAUGGAUAUAUGAGAAUCCGAUAAAUAUUAUAAUUAAGUAGUAAAUAUUAUAAGAUUACGAAAAGGCGACAAUGGCCAAUUAUUAUGUUUUUUUAAACGUCAUGUGUACUUCAGUGACGCAAUGUUUGUGAACGUUGCAUUUUCAUAAAGUCAUAAAGUAUUAAUCAAACUUUUAAAGACAGCUAAUUAUAGGCGAUAAUAUAUUACUAUCUUACAAAUUAUUUACAUGUCCAUUUUUUAGGCCGUGCACUUGAAAUAUUUUUACUGUAGAAAAUUUCACAGAAGAUUUGUAUGCGUUCAGAGUAAUUUUUGAUUUAUUUUAAAAACUUUUUCCAUCGACGAUAGUUUAUGAAGAUGCAAAAUUCGAAAUAAGCUUUGUCUUAACUAUUCACGCAUAUUGUUACCUAUAGUUAAGUAUCCAAUUUUUUAAAAAUUUCAGAUUUUACUAAAAUAUUUCAGUAAAGAAUCAACUAGUAAAAAAAAAUCAAAAUCAGAUUGUUUUGACCAACUCUUCGAGCAGGUACUUCGAUCGUUGUAAAUAUUGUAAUACUGAAAAUUUCCCAGUAUUCACGUAGCUAGUAAUAUCAGUUUUCUCCCCUGUCCCCCGUGUAAUUAUUCAUGUAACUAAACCCGUAUAAAUAUUGUCAGUUACCAUCCGUAAACAUAUGAGUUUUCGUGUUUUAUAUGAAGUAUUUAAGCGAGAGUUAUAUAUUUGUGUACGCGUAGGCACAUGCAAAGCUGCUGCGGACCAUUUUUCAUUCGUAUAUUUUAUUCUAAAAGUGUAUUUUUAAUAAUAAAUCGUUUUUAAAAAUA